AUGGCAGCCACAAACUCAGCUUCCAUAUCCAAUUGGUAUACUCAAGCAUACUCGGGGUCUUUUCGUACUGGUCGAUUGCGAGCCUCUUCUAAUCUUCCUCCUCGGAAUCUAGCACAAGCACAUGCUAACGCCGUACAACAUACUCUGGUAGUUGAUGUUGCCAGACAACUGGGGAUAAAUGUCGAUGGCGAUGAGACGGCAAAAAAUGUGAGAAGGAGAGAAACUAUUUUCGGCCCAGAUGUGGGCGAGGAUGAUGAACCUGGAUGGACGAAGAGGGAUGAGGGUGUUAAGGUUGGGGUUGAUGUGGUCAAAGGGUGGGUAGAUAAGGCUAAAAGUGAAGAGGGCCUACACGCCACUACCACUCUUCAAGCCCUCGUAAACCUUAAACGUCCCACUUUGUUGCUCCAACAACUGGAAGGCGACGAUGUCGAACCCACUAGAGCAUCCCUCGAUGCAGACGGAGAGAUCGAAGCCGCCUCACCAUCUAAGAAAGAUAUCCCGGUCCCUCAGCGUCCCCUUCACUCGUUGAAAUUUAACUAUGACGCUACCUCUCCACAAGUCAAUAUCACCCUGCUCAUCUACCCAUCCCCUGUGCCGAUGCCAGAAGGCAAGGAGUCGUUUGUCCUCGAUGAAGAACCCACCGUCGUUUACACAGGCGUUCAUUCAGGUGGAUUCGAUCAGUUGUUCACACUUCCCGCAUCAUCGGCAUUGGAUUUAUCCUCGGCUAUUGCCCCUCCUCCUGGAUCUGCUGAAGACAUGCCUCGGGACUCGCACGACGAGAGGAAACUUGCAUCAAACAACGACAUAAUCAGAGCUCGCACUUCGCAAAGUGCCGAGACCAACCGCAGCUCGUUGGAAAGGGGGAUUUCUAAUCUCAACAUCAGCCCUCCUCAACCUACUUUGACAACAGUUCCAGAGACAGGAGGUGUUGUGAAUAAUAACAUGUCAGAGCAGGGAGGGAGACGACGAAGAUUCGGGUUCUUCUCUCGUCGACAAAAUGAAGAGAGGGAUCUUGAGGCGGCGAAUAUCGAGAUGACCCCACGGGUUCCUUCGGCGGUGGAGAAGGAGGAAGAGAAAGAAGAAGAAAAGGGAAUGCGUAUUCUCAUCAAGAUUGAUGCGUUAGGCGCUGAAGGCGAGACAUUGCAGAGACGCAACGCACAACUCACUCAUAUCCUUAUCACUGGCAUGUGGACGGCCGACGCUCGUGCGGCUCCAAGCACAGUAACAGCGGCCCCAUCUACUCCUACAGGGAAACGUGUCUGGGUGGUCAAAGUUGUCAGACGGGAAGCAAUCAUUGGUCCACAUACUUUCCUUCUCAAGGAAAUAUACGGAUUGUCAUCCGCUGGGAAAGACACGACUCACAAUCACGCAUCAUACCCUCCAGGAGCGGACGACCAUGCUCAUGAAGAUCUCUACGCAUCCACGCCAAAUGAAUGUAUCGUCUGUCUCACAGCUCCUCGGGACGUCGUCCUACUUCCUUGUCGACAUCUAGUGGUUUGUAGGGAAUGUGCAGUGGGGAUGAUUGAAUUUGGAGCUGGAGGAAAGGUGUCAAGACGGGAUGAUACGACCGCUGCUGAGCCGGCUGAAGGGGAUGCUUCUCCUCCUGCGGCUGAUGUUGCGGUACCUACACCUGUGACACCAGUGGCUGGAGGAACCACUCAGACUGGAAGGGAAAGACGUAAAAAGAAACCGAAGGGAUGGUAUUGUCCUGUUUGUCGACAACCCUACACCUCAUUACUCCGAUUGGCCCUUCCGACCACAGAAGAGAGACCUUCCAAUCCUAAUUGUGCACCGUCGAUAAGAUCCUUCCGAUCGCAUAAAGCGCCCAGCAUCGCACCCACGCUACCCGAAGGGGCGGAAGAGAUGCUGGAGGCGUUACGUCCACCAACAUCUCCAGGACCCCAUGAGUCAGCAGAAGAGGUAUCUACAUCAGAGCAAGAAAGACCGCAGUUCGUACUCGGUCCAGAAGAACCUGAAGAGUCGACACAGAAUGGGUUCGAAGCUGGUAAGGUUAGUGAAGAGGGGAGAAGUAAAGGUUGGAGAGAAGUUUAG